CUUCCGUGUUCCUCUCCGCAAACGCCCAAGUCGCAUUGACUGUUCUUUGCUACAGGUCCUGAUGGCAUCAACGUUCUUUACAUGGCUCAGAUCUCCUGCUGCUCGCGAGUACUUCUUCAGUACUCACUUCUGGGGACCAAUCGCAAACUGGGGUCUUCCACUUGCUGCCCUCGCUGACCUUAGUAAAGAUGAGGAGGUCAUUUCAGGUUCCAUGACUACUGCACUUGGCGCGUACUCGAUGGUCUUCAUGCGCUUCGCCUGGAGGGUACAACCCCGGAAUUACUUGCUCUUUGCGUGUCAUGCAACAAACGCGACAGCACAGUCAAUCCAAGAAGCCCGCUUCGUAAACUACUGGUAUUACGGCGGCCGUGAGAAGAAGUUCGGUCUUGACAAGGACAGCCAAGGUCCAGUUACCCAAGCCAUCGAGGCAUCACAAGCAGAGGCAAAGAAGGCUGCGGAAGCAAAAUCAUAAUCUCCCCUCUAUGCAGUCUUGUCACUUGGAAUACACUGCUUUGACCAACCAAGCUCUGAAAUCAGCACUUAGAUACAGAUACGUAAUCAUCACCAAAAUCCGUC